CGGCCUUUCCUCCAGGGCUCCCCAGACCCGUCUGCCCGCAGGAACCAGGGAUUCCCCCUUUGCGGCUACUCUGCAGCUGUCCCCGCGCCGGCCAGCCGGGCUGACUCCCCUCUCGGUCCCUCACCAUGUUAGACGGGUUGAAAAUGGAAGAGAAUUUGCAGAACGCGCUGGAGACCUCGGCCCCGUUCUCCUCCUUGCUGGGCAGAGGCGUGAGCCCCAAGUCGGUGUGCGAGGGCUGCCAGAGGGUGAUCUCGGACCGGUUUCUGCUGCGGCUCAAUGACAGCCUUUGGCACGAGCAGUGCGUGCAGUGCGCCUCUUGCAAGGAGCCUCUGGAGACCACCUGCUUCUACCGCGACAAGAAGCUCUACUGCAAGCUCGACUAUGAGAAGCUGUUCGCUGUGAAGUGCGGCGGCUGCUUUGAAGGCAUCGCGCCCAGCGAGUUCAUCAUGCGGGCCCAGAAGAGCGUCUACCACCUGAGCUGCUUCUGCUGCUGCGUCUGUGAGAGGCGGCUGCAGAAGGGCGAUGAGUUCGUGCUGAAGGAAGGCCAGCUGCUGUGUAAGAGCGACUAUGAGAAGGAGCGGGAGCUGCUCAGCCUGGUGAGCCCGGCUUUGUCGGAUUCCGGUAAAAGUGACGAUGAAGAGAGUCUAUGCAAAAUGGGUCAUGGUCCUGGGAAAGGCGCCGAGGACAGCAAGGAUCACAAGCGUCCCAAGAGACCCAGGACAAUCCUGACAACACAGCAGCGGAGGGCGUUCAAAGCAUCAUUCGAGGUCUCCUCCAAGCCAUGCAGGAAGGUCAGAGAGACGCUGGCAGCCGAGACGGGGCUGAGUGUGCGAGUCGUGCAGGUUUGGUUCCAGAAUCAGAGAGCGAAGAUGAAGAAACUCGCAAGGAGGCAGCAGCAGCAGCAGCAAGAUCAGCAAAACACCCAGCGGCUCAGUUCAGCUCAGACAAACAAUGGUGGGAAUGCUGGCCUGGAGGGGAUCAUAAACCCAUACACCACACUGGCCCCGCCACAACAGCUGCUGGCUAUUGAGCAGGGUGUCUACAGCUCGGACCCCUUCCGGCAAGGGCUCACCCCACCCCAGAUGCCAGGAGACCACAUGCACCCCUAUGGUGCUGAGCCCCUUUUCCGUGACCUGGAUAGUGACGAUACCUCACUUAGCAACCUGGGCGACUGUUUCCUAGCAACUUCAGAAGCUGGACCGCUGCAGUCAAGAAUGGGAAACCCCAUCGACCAUCUGUACUCCAUGCAGAACUCCUAUUUCACUUCUUGAGCCUUGUCUGUGUCACCUGGCCAGGCACAGGCGCCUAUGACAUUACAGGCUAAACCCACUUCAGAUA